CACAACGAGCAUAAACACAAUAGAGAGAGUGUUCAGAGAGCUCCGGUUUUCGCACAAAACGGCGAGUACAAAGAGGAGUUGUUUUAUCCUGGAGACGACCGGUUGAUAAUCAGGCGUGCGCAUCGAGGGCAGUGUCGCGAACGUCUUAAAAAGAGCGACCUAGUCCGUGACUCAGCUCCAGAUUCGGUAACCUCGUUCUUGUUGUUAUUCCGUUACUAAUAGUCUUGAGACUGGAUAAGGAGUAUUUGAGUUAAGAGGAGUUUUGAUAUAAUUUGGGGUUGACUUGUUAAUAAAUGAGUCGAGUUCGAACUAGGUUUGUUUACUAAAAUCUUAAGUCGACUUGUUUACUAAAACCUUGGGUUGUGUUUGGCUCGAACUCAACUCGAGUUUGAUUCAUUAAUGAGCUCAUGAGUUCUACUCGAGCUCGACUAACAAAUAGCUCGCGAGAUCGGCUCGAGCUAUGGUAUCAUAUCAUUUAGUUCAUAAUUUCAAUUGUUCAUAUCAUGUUAUUUAAUAGUAAUUGUAUCUGAGCAAUUUCUGAUACAUAUUUUUUUUAAUUAUAAACUAUACAUAUUUAAUCAUGUGUUAAACAUCAUAUGUGGUGAGAUAUAAUCUAACAAACCUAUGAAUUCUCAAUAAGUCAAUAAUAAGCUAUUAACUGAUUUUCUCAUAAAUUGCUAGUUAAGGUGGCUCGUUGGCCAUCUUGUCGAGCCAGCUCAUAGGUCAAAAUGAGCGAGCUCUCGAGUUAAUCUCAACAAGUCACCUAGUCAAGCUGGCUCACGAGUUUUACGAGUCAAACCAGGGUUAACUCAACUUCAUAUCGUUGGUAAAGGAGCCGAGCAUCGAAUGAGUUUUCUGUGAGCCAAACGUCGACAUACUCGUGAGCAGUAUGACUCAUUUGCAGCCUCCCCGCAAUUUUCAUUGGUUAAUUGGUUUACAUAGGCUAUAUGGUUCAUGAGUUUCAGUUGGUUCACCUAGUCAAGAGCUCUAAUUGAGAGUUUAUGGGUCAUUUGCUUCAUGGAUUUGGAGGUAUGAGGUUUUUGGGGUCAUAACCUGGGUUCUGUAAACCCUUGGAUUUGUGAUAGAUUUGGUUGAUUAUAGAUUUUAAAAAUUUUAUGCUCGUUUGAUGGAUUUUAUUCUUGGAUUUGUUGUUACGGUUUUGUAGCUUUAAUAUGUAAAUUACCUUACUAUCAUUAUUUAUUUCUUUUAUAUCUUGGGCAAGAGAAUACAUAAGUAAUUAUUAUACUGGUGCCAAUGGAUUUGUGAUCAUAUUCCAAAGCAGUCCAUCGGAUCUAUCGAUUUGGACUCUCAAAGUCAAUGAGUCUCACCAAUUUGAUCCUUCUAAACGAGCACAAAGCUUGAGAUUCCUCUUAUUGAAUGAAUGCCUUUUAAAGUACAUUGAGCUGCAGAAUAGAGGGCUUAGGAUAGGGUCAAUAACCAAUGGUUACUAACCUAUGAGUAACUAAAUGUGGACCUUUAGAUUUAAGUGGGUCCAGAAAAUUCAGAUCUAAGGGUUGUCAAUUAAAGACAUUUUAUUUUCCCUAGUUUUCUUAAUUGGCUCUUAUCUUCUUCGUUCUAACUCUGAUUUCAAUUUUUUAUGCACUGAUGAAACGAGUUCGUUGUGCUCUACAAAAUGAGAUCAAUUUUCAAUAUAUUUUGAGAAACUUUUUUUUACCAACUACAUAACCAUAUGGUAACUUCUUCGUUUUUAAGUCGUUUUUUAAAACGUUUGCUCAGAAGGAACGAGUUCAUCAUGAUCUAUCGGAUCUAUAAAUUUCUGGGUGAAAAAAAUACUAGAUAAAAAAUUAUCAUACUUUACCACUAUAGUAUGUGAUUGGUAACUUGUAGUAAACAAUGAUGAAAGUCGUAAAUGACAGUUAAUAUACUCCUACUAUCAUGUAUUCAACCUUCUUACCAUAUUGGUAUGUUCAUACCAUCAUGGUACGCUUUCUUACCAUAUGGUAUUAAAUUGGAGCAUACCAUCUGGUAAUGACUGGUAAAAAAUUAUUCAAUUUUUUUUUGUACUAAAAAUAUACCAAAGUGGAUAUCAUUUUGAAGAGCAUAUUUAAUCUGAUUUAUCUGUGCAAAAAAAUUUAAAUUUCGACUUAAAACGAGAGAGAAAUCGUCCGUUAAAGAUUAAAGGGGAAAAGAUAAAAGACUUUCCAGGAGACAGAGACUACUGAUGUCAUGCUGAUGUGGACAGGUACUCAUGGUUAGUGACCGGCUUAAGAACGGGACUGUAGGUCUGGUGAAAAUCCAGGCCAGGAAUUUGCUGAAAUCCCCUAGCCACCAAAUGCGCCCUGUGCCGAUCGAGAGAACCGUCGGGUGGAUUUUUGUGCGCCAAACCAAUUUAUUGGUGAGAAUGUUGCAGUCGGGUGGGGGAGGAACCAAUUCCUAGGUUUGAUUUCGGAGCUGAGCAGAGACUUCUUCGGCCAUGGCCGCGCGCCAGUGCGGGAGCUUGAGGGUUUGAGCAACCAAGGUGGGAGUAUCAUCUAUGGGAAGGUGGGAUAGCAAGGUUUUGGGCUUCAGAUUACCUGUUUUAAUUCGAGUGACCAUGCGGUGAGAGGAGGAAGUAGGAUUGGUAAUAAUCAAAGGACGAGGCGAGGUGGUAAAGGGUGGGCGAGAGGGAAGCGAACGAGGAGGAGGCAGGGGAGUGUGUUUGGGCCUCGACGGUGGAUGCUGGGGAGGAGGAACAGGAGCAGCAGAUGAGGAUAAGGCUGGAGAGGAAGAGUGGAUGGGGCUGUUGGGAUGGGAUAGGUGAGAGAGAGAGGCGGGGGAGGUGAGAUGGGCUGAGGGAUGGGGCGGAGAUGUGUGGGAAGGAGAAGUGGGGCCACUAAUAAGAGGUGGGCUAGGGGAAGGGUGUGAGGUUGGGCUUGGGUUGGAGGGAGGGGACCGUUGGAAGGGUGGGUGGUGGGAAAGGCAGAGUGAUAGGAAAGGCAAUGGACGAGGGAGAUGAGAGAGGAGAUGAGAGUGAAUUAGGAACUUCUGUAAAUGGAAAACGAGACUCAUCAAAUAAUACAUGCCGACUUAUAUAUAUGCGACCAGUAUCAACAUGCAGGCAACAAUAUCCCUUAUGAAGCUUACUAUAUCCCAAGAAGACACAAGGAACAGAACGAGGUUCGAGUUUAUAAGUGGCGUAAGGACGGAGCCAUGGAUAGCAGAGACAACCAAAAACACGAAGAUUGGCUAGAUCAGGAGGACGAUGUAAUAAGGCAUGAAAGGGGGAGAAAUUUUGGAGGAGCGGAGUGGGAGUGCGAUUUAUGAGGUAACACGCGGUAUCGAACGCAAGGGGCCAGUACUUUUGAGGAACAUUAGAAUGGUGUAGAAGAGCAAGACCAUUGUUCACGAUAUGAGGAUGCUUGCGUUCAGCACACCCAUUUUGUUCAGGUGUGUAGGGAGAAGAACGAUGGGCAAUACCAUGGUUGCUUAAGUAGGAAGACAGAGCUUGAUAUUCACCGCCCCAAUCGGACUGAAAGGUUUUAAUGGGAGUGCCAAAAUACUUUUCAACCAAUUGCCGAAAUUGAAUGAAAACACUAAGCAGUUGUGAUUUAUAUCGAAUAAAAUAAAUCCAGAAAAAUUUGCUGUAGUGAUCAUAGAAGAUAAUGUAGUAAGAUUGAUCAUCAUAAGAUAGAAUAGGAGCAGGGCCCCAAACAUCACUGCAAACAAGUUCUAAUGGAGCAGACCCUUGAAAAGUAGAAGAGACAAAAGGUAAUUUGCGAAUUUUACUGACAGCACAACCAUGACAUAAUGACGAUUGAGAGGGAAGGAAUUUUAUGUGAUGUUGACGAAGAGCUUGUUUGACUACACGAUCAUGAGUGUGCCCAAGGCGACGAUGCCACACAUCCAACGUAGCAGUGCAAGUAAGAGGUGGUAGAUGACGAAAAAUAUGAAGGGGAAGUGAGUAGAGACCAACCAUCGCAUAACCACGAUAAAUCUCAUUCGUCGUGCGCCGAUCCUUAAUGACAAAGAGAGAGUCAAAGAAUUCGAUUGAAAUGGGAUUAGUACGUGUAAGAGCACUAAUGGACAAAAGAUUAUAAGGAGCAUUGCGCACAUGAAGUAUAUUAUCUAAUGUAAUGGGAGUAUUGGAUAAAGAAGUGUGAGAGGAACCACAAUGAGCAAUUGGGAGGGAGUUACCAUUGCCAAACAUGACAUGAUCAGUGCCGUUAUAUUAUGAAUGAUGAGCAAGAUUGUCCAUAUCAGAAGUUAAAUGAUGAUUUGUACCGGAAUCCAUGAGCCAUUGCUGGGAAUUAAGCAUUUGGGCCGGAGAAGAGGCAAACAUGGUGUGUGGGCUGGAAUAAGAUGAGCCAGCUAGGCCAUAAGAGGCUUGUGGGCCGGCGGCAGGAUGGGGAACAGGCUGGGUAAUGGGGUGAAGAGUUGGGCUAUGGCAAUUGGCCUUAAUAUGCCACGCCCCCCCCCCCCCCCCCCCCACAGUGGUGACACACCACCUGAGGAGAAGUGCGCCGCGAACCAAGGAGUCUCGCGGUUGGGCCGAACUUGCCAGAAGACAUAAUAGGGUUAGAAAUAAGCUGGCCCCUUCGAGACCCUCGUCCAUGACCCCAACCGCCUAUGUUUCCACGAGAAACGGCGGCGCUAGAAUAGAAUGUCGUUGGCGCCGGAGAAUCGUGACAGAUGGAAUAACGUCGGAUUUGACUUUCUUCACUCAGCAACAAGGAGUGCAGGUCUUCAAAACUGAUCGGCUCCAUAUGAGACUCAAUGUGACGAACAAAGGGUCGAUAAUCCUCACCAAGGCCAUCGAGGAGCCACGCGAUAAAAUCAUGAAUCGCGUGAAGAUAGUCAGAAAUCGCGGCAUCACCACGCCGAAGAUUUUGAAGUUCCUUCGUCAAAUGGCGGAUCUGAAGCUUAGAUCCAGACUCAUAAAUCGAACGAGGGCAGACCACGCAUCAUAAGCAGUAACCUUGUUGAUUACAUUAGGGAGCACGAACUCAGAGAGAGAAAUUAAUCCAGGUAAGAACGUAUUGAUCACGUUGAUACCAGGUCAGAUAAGCCAGGUUGGGGCGACCAUCAACGAGCUGCGGCGGGGCUGACAGAGUUCCGUCGACGUGACCCAUAAGGUGGUGACAGCAUAAAAGCAGCGUGGUCUGCGCAUGCCAUAGGAGAUAAUCGGUAGGGGUGAGUUUGAUUGACAACUAUGGAUUGGCAGGGAGAGCCAGAGUGGUUGCCGGCAAGGAAGAGGAGUCACCAGAGGCAGAGGUGGAGGAAACAGAGGAAGACUCAGUUGCCAUUGCGAGAAAGAAGAACGAAAGAGAAGAGGUAAGGAAAGGGAAAAAUUCUCGUUAGAGAGUGCAGGGCUCUGAUACCAUAAACGAGCACAAAGCUUGAGAUUCCUCUUAUUGAAUGAAUGCCUUUUAAAGUACAUUGAGCUGCAGAGAUAGAGGAACUGAAAGUAGUAAAAGAAGGGACUAUAACAACCCACUAACAACUAGUCUAACAACUAAAAAUCAUAGAGACAAAUGUGGAACUGAAUACACUUCAUCACCUUUCACCAAAAUAUAGAGAAAACAAUGGAUUUAUGCUAAAUCAUGAACUUGGACCCAAAUCCAUAUCUCAUGAAGCAAACGAACCUAAAGAGUUAAUCAAACCCAACAAAAUGUCAAAUAAAUGAAUUCCCCGUGCCUUCAUCAACAGAAAAGGGCUAGAACCUAUAAUUAUUGGCUUGUAAACUUUUGAUCUCGGAAGAAACGAAUGACUAGAAACACAUUAGAUCACAUCACACUGACUAAUAACAAGCUCCUUUAACGACCUGAAAGGAGACAACCUUUGGCUCCUAUCUUUCUCAAAGAAAGAAAUCCUCAUCGACGGCGGGCGGGUGCAUGGGCGACGAAAUGAUGAGUGAAGGACUGUUUCGACUCGACUGUGCCUUCCUUCUCUAGUGGGACUUUGGGUCGAGCGACUGCGAGAUUGGGCACCAGCGGGAGAUGACUGAGGAGUCUGGGUUAGGGCCGUAAGUUGGCCCUCCAAAGCCAUUGGGCCAGGCUAAUUUGACCCGACCCGAAGGGUUGAAUUAUCCAAGGCUCACUCUUUUCAAUCUGCGACCUCCUCGCCCGUUAUAAUCUGAUACUUGUCUUCAGCCGCGGCCCAAUAAAAUGAUCGGACACAUAAUUCAUCAUCAUCCUGCUCACAGCGACAUAUAACCAUGUUAUCAUGUUGCUCGCAUAUGCCAUCAUUGUGCUCUUUGACUUUGAUCAUAUUGUUUUUGUCCUCUCAAGAUCCGGCCCUUCUCAUAACGAAUUCUAACUAGGAACCACAACAGAGUGGAGAGGAGCCAUAGAGUGUAUAUCAAUCUUAUAUGGAAUUACAAAGGAGAAACAUCGUGAAGAGAUUUAUGUAAUUUGAGUGACCAAAGUGUAAUUUAGCCAAGAUAAUUUAUUUUGCAAAAUUAUAUGUAAAUUUUGUCAGAAUAGAGAUGGAACAUGUUAAAUAGUGAUGAGGGAUAUCGCGGAUUAUAUGAGAACAUAUGGGGUGUUGUGACGUUUUCUUUUCUUUCACGACGUUUCCCUCUUCUUUCGUCGAUUGUCUUGGUAUUCUAAGGUCAAAUGAGCGGAUGUAAUUUGCCACAUCAAUAACUCCACGAUUUCUUGUUUUGUUAUAGAUUGAUUGAAUUAAGAGAAUGAGUGAAACCUCUAUAAAAAUGUCAUUUCGAAAUGUUAAGGGCUUGUUUGCUUGAUAGAUUUAGUGAGAGAUUUGGAUCCAUCAUUGAAUUUGUCCAACAUCCAUUGUUUGCUUCAUGCAUUUAGACCAUCCACUAUGAUUGGUGGGAAAUCUGGGUGGGUUGGGGGGGGGGGGGGUUAUAGGUUUGAGAGUGGGGAAACCCACAAUGGGUUGGGAGGGAAAAUAGGGAAAUGUGAGAGAGGUGUUUUUUGAUGAAUUUGAUUUAGUGUUGAUUUUGUCACUUUAGUUAAAUAAUUUGAUUUUUCUUUUUAUAUAGGUAGUAGUAAUUAGUUAAGAUGAAAAUAUCACAUUUAUUUUUUUAAUUUGGACAUUUCGUGGAAGAAAACGAAAAAAGGACUCUCUCUUAUGGAUUUGUAUGGCUUUGCCUGCCCCUUCUCAGGGAACCGUACGUGAGACUUCCGCAUCAUACGGCUCCGUCCCGAGCUUCCGUCGUCGGCCCUUGUCAUUAGACCACUAUCUAUGCAUGUAUUUUGAGCCUGGGACUCUCGAAUCUUUUGCUUCUCACUUUGAAUCUGAAAAGUAUUCUAGCAAAGCAAUUGAAUUUGAUUUUGUAGAAAUAAAAAUUCCAUUUGUGUAUGGACUACUGGGAAAGAUAGGGUACUCGAUUGGAUUUGGAUCCACCGGGACUGGCGGGGCUCGAACCCGCAGCUUCCCAAAAAAUCCUUUCUGGAAAGGAUCUUUUGUAUUCUUUUGAAUUAUUUCUUUAUCUUCUAGUUUUUUUAUAUUUUUUAUGGCUUUUUUAGUAUUCGAUUCCCCAUAAGCGGGACCACCACCCCAUAGCAUGUUGCCGCCAGAAACCCGUAUUUCUUCUAGAAAAUCUCCUAAUUGUUCCAGAGCAACUAGAAAGAGAUUCUUUAACCAGAAAGAAUUCAAUUCAGAUGGUUUUUUAGCAAGGCACGGAAUACAUCGUCAAAUAUUCAAUAUGAUUCCACAAGAUCUAGUUUCGUUCAAGGAAAGGAUUCUAGCCAAUUGAAGGGAUCUUCUGAUCAAUCCAGAGAUCAUUUCGAUUCCAUUAGUAAUGAGGAUUCGGGAUAUCACACAUUGAUCAAUCAAAGAGAGAUUAAACAACUAAAACGAAAAGAAAGAUCGAUUCUUUGCGACCCUUCCUUUCUUCAAACGGAACGAACAGAGAUAGAAUCAGACCGAUUCCUGGUGUCGCCUGAUCAACAAAAGACGCAAAAUACCUUAUUCCCUUUGCCCAUAUAACUUAUUGAAUUUGUGCACAACGGAGAAAUGCGACGGGAAAGGCUCUUAAUACUUCUAAUUAAACGGGUCGCUGCGUAUUUUUUUUGCUUGUGCUUAAUGUUUCAACGUUGGGUCGAGGAAAUAAAUGGAUAGAGCUUUAAGGCUCCAAUUAUCAGUAAACAAAAAAGAAAUGAGCUUCCCUUCUUAAUUUUCAUUUUUUUAUUUGAAAUUAAAAGGAUUAUCCUAUCUAAAUUUACGUUAAAAAGCAACAAUGCCUUUGUCAUUUGAUCCAAUAGCGUUCCGUUAGAUAGGAACAGAUUUGAUAAAUAUUGAUAACUCUCGGCUCUCCAAGUGUGCGUGUUCCCCCCUUCUUCCUUACCAUGGGAAUUUUGAAAUAACUCCGAUGCGAAGAAAAAAGAAGGCGUUAGAACGGCAAUUACUUAAAUACGUUCGUAUCGCCGCAAAAGCUAAAGGGUCAACAGGUCAGGUUUUACUACAAUUACUUGAAAUGCGUUUGGAUAACAUCCUUUUUCGAUUGGGUAUGGCGGCAACCAUUCCUCGAGCUCGCCAAUUAGUUAACCAUAGGCAUAUUUUAGUUAAUGGUCGUAUAGUAGAUAUACCAAGUUAUCGCUGCAAACCCCGAGAUAUUAUUACAACGAGGGAUGAACAAAAAUCUAGAACUAUGAUUCAAAAUGAUCUUGAUUCCUCCGCAGGGGACGAAUUGCCAAAACACUUGACUCUUCACCCAUUCCAAUAUAAAGGUUUUACCAAUUCUUUUGCCAUUUUUUUCAUUGUUGAAAAUGAAUUUAGCAAAAAUUUCACUUGGGGAUUGAAAAAAGAAAUGCGAAGUGACCUUCUUCAGUUUUUCUUUAAUCGUUCAUAUUGAUGAGAACUAAGAAGUCAAGUUUCAUUCAAAUUAAUCACUUUGACUAACAGUUUUUACAUAAAUUAUAAGUAAAAAAGCAGUAGGAACUAGGAAGUAUUUCCCAUACAAUUGGCACUUUUUCUCGAAUUUUACUCUUAGCAACUCCUAUGUUCGAAGCAAGACGUUGUCUAAUUAGACCACGAAUUACAAAUGUCUGCUUCUGCCUAAUCUUUAGUACCGCUUUGAGAUUGAAUCUUUAGGACCAUGCGCUUAAGAGGACCUUUUUUUUGGAUUGGAAGUGAAUCCCGAACCUGCCCUCUUUGAUUGAGUUCUAUUAUCAUGUAGUUCCUGUCCUGGGAAAAUUUCAAUGCUUAUUUGAGCAUUUCAUUGACUUGUCAUACCUGAACCUCUCUGAAUACAUAACAAGGGAUCAAAGAGGUUCUGCGCUCACGCCCUAUCGUUAUCAAAGAGGUUUCGUUGCCCUAAUCUCCUAUUACCGUUUCGCUGCUUCUUCUUCCCCUUCGCCUGAGAAUGAAUACUCAAUUUCCUUCGAUGGGAGCUUACUCUUACUUAAGUAAGAGGGAAACUUGCUUGCCCACUGGAAAGACUGAAACUUGAAAACGGAGGUAAGAUUUUCUCCCUCUGUAUAUCAGAAACCAUUACACCAGCCUUCUUUAGAAGAUCUUGAGAUUUUUCUUAUUAUUCCUAAAAAAGAGGACCUUGUAACUAGGGUGAGAAGCGAGCUGAGCUGCCACGGAUUGCUCCUUCGAUUGCUUGAAACCUCUUUGCUGAAAGUGAAAGUGAAAACAUGAGAAAGACUAGAGAUCCAGCUGGAGGAUGCCCACUUUGAGAAUCAAUAUCAGAGUCAGCAACCUUUGAGUAGCCUAGCCCAUGAAUGAGUAGAAGAGGGUUCCUCGCCCAAUUCAAUAGGGAUUCUAAAUAAAAAGCAAUCUCUAUCGACCAAGCCCUUCCCACUAAUCCCGUCUGCGCUUUUCUAAGAUUCGGUUGCUACCCCGAGACGAAAGCCUUGGACAGCUAUCCUUGCCCGCGAGAAAGCGUUCUAACGAUAAGCUGAAAGUCCUUACUAAACUCUCAGGACAGAAUGACAGACCGACCCUUCCCCUUCGCUACCAUCGGAAGGUUUAGGCAAGCUGAAGGAAGUGGCAUUUAAACUCUCCCACAUGGGAUAGUAAGAAAAAACUUUGCUAGCCCUCUUUCAGAUAGCACACCCGGAUGCCUAACAUCUUCCUUCUAGUUGACAACCCAGGGCUUAAAAGCUCCUUCUUUACUUUAGCCCAUCAGCCGGAUCCUAGCUACCCUUCUGUAACCAAGAAGCCUUCUCUCGUUGACAACCCUGAUGCUACACAUGUGUCAUAUAUACGCGUGUAACAUGUUCAUAUGUUCAUUCACAUGUUACAUCAGUGGUAGCUUGAACAAACAACAAUUUAUCCCUUCUCUAAUAGCACGUCUCAUUCAUGUUCAAAGCAGCUUCAUGUAACAAGCUUCAUGCUCAAUCAGUAGCAAGUUUACUUCAUCCCCGGAGACCGGUCCAGUAGAGGACCCUUUGGGCGGAAACUACUCUGUUAUCUUGCAUUCCUCAUUCCCAAAUGAUGUUCAGUGGUCUCUACCCAAAUAGCUGUGGCCCAUGAUCCAAGGGACCCGAAACCAGUCAAUCAUGCUAUCCUUACCUCGGCCAAUCACGCUAUCCUUACCUCGGCCAAUCACGCUA